GAGUGCACCUUUUUUGACCCGUUUGGGUACAAGAGUCCCAAGGUCGUGUGUUUGUCUUCAAGGCCAGCUUAGUCCAGUACCUGUGGUGGGAAGACUGGCUCACUCAGUUGCAAACUUAUUUUAGAUUCUCGUAUAAGAUGCAGUAGUAUCGAUGGUUGUUGACCAAAUAUCAGAAAUCGAUAAAGCACUUGCCAGGGAUGAAUUGGAAAAGACAACUCAAAAGAUAAUUAUUGAGGAUAUAUCACAGGAACCAAUCUCUAUCACUAUCUCAGAGUCUUUCACAGAUGCAGCUGAAGCUUCAACUUUAAAUUCCCAAUCAACCAAUGAUAAUAGACCAUCACUCCAACCAUUCACAAGAUGUAAAAGUCCAUCUAAUAAUAAUAAUAAUAAAAAUUCACUGAGUAGUUCAUCAAAUGCAACGUCUAUUGAAUAUUCACAAACUCCAAGUCCAGGUGAUUCUGGUCGUCGACGUUUGGUGCCAGACUUCAAUAUUGAUGAUUUACUGUUGAUAUCAGAAUUGGGAAGAGGUAAUGGUGGGGUUGUGACAAAACUACAGCAUAAAUCAUCUGGUACAUUGUUGAUUAGAAAAACAUUUGAAUUAGACGUUAAGACGACUACAAGAGCACAGAUUGUUAGAGAUUUACAGGUUCUUUGGGAGUGUAUAUCACCACAUAUAAUCGAAUUCCAUGGAGCAAUACAUUCUGAUUGCUUAAUAAGUAUUUACAUGGAGUAUAUGGAUGUUGGUGGGAUGGAUUUACUAUUACGAAUGGUUGGACGUUUUCCUGAACCAAUUAUUAUUCAUAUUGCUGAUUCAGUUGUUUCUGGUCUGUUAUAUCUUUGGCAAGAGUUGCAUAUGUUCCAUCGCAACCUAAAGCCAUCCAAUAUACUUAUCAAUCGUGCUGGCAUAAUCAAAUUAUGCGAUUUUGUUGUAAGUUUGCAGUUAAGUGAAUAUGUGGCGUCUGGAUUUUUGGGAUUCUCCACAUAUUUGGCACCUGAACGUCUAGCUGGCGAAAUAUUCAAUGGAGCCAGUGAUAUCUGGAGUCUGGGACUAACCUUAAUGGAAUUGGCUAUUGGACAGUAUCCAAUUCCGUCUAUUGAUCCAGUUGAUUUUGUACGUGCAUUUGCACCAGAUCAAGAAACAAAUAUGCUUGAGCAUACGAGAGCUGCAAAAACUGGUGAACUACUACCUGCACUGACAGAUCCAAAAAGUCGUUCUACAAUCGGUAUGUAUGAUUUAUUCGCUUAUAUUGUAGAACAACCUGCACCAAGAUUACCAUUGUAUUGUUUUUCAUCACAAUUUAUUCAUUUUAUUCAUGGUUGUCUACAAAAAGAUGCUAAUGAUCGUUUAUCUAUUGAAAUAAUUCAUAGACAUUUUAUUCCAGAGUUGAUUAAGCUAUCAUGUCCACAUUAUGCACAUUCUAGUGCAGUACGUCCAAUAUUUAUUGAUAGUUGUCUAAUCAAUUAUCUACGUGGGGUAUUUGCACGUCAACAAGCUGAAGCGAUAGAUGCUGUUGCAUUAGCUGUCGGUGAAGAUUUUGAUUCAUUUGAUGCAGGUUUUGAAGUGACUACAAUAUCAGAUUCAGCAUAGAGAUUAUUUGUGUGUGUGUGUAUAUUUGUAAAUAUAUAUGCUCUGUAUGCAAAGAGAGGAGAGUUUGCCGGGGAUGUGGAGUGUGGGACUGUGACAAUAUAACAACAGUUUGUAGAAUAAAUCAUUUAGUUUAUAUUUUUUUUCUUUCUCGUUUCGCCCUUUUUUUACUGUCUUGUCUGAACAUUUCCUUAUGAAUACAACAAAUCGACUCUUCUGUUUUUAUUUCUUGCGUAAUAUUUUUUGUUUUGUUUUAAUAGGCUAUUUUGACACUUCAAAUGAGCUCUUUCUUUUCAUUGAAAAUUGAGUUGAAAAGAUUCUUAUCGGCUUGUUAACUUAUACUAUAAUAUACUGGUAAUAUUAACUUUCUCCUUACACUGUUAUCCUUCUCGUCAUACCUUUUUCUAUCUCAAAAUAGUCUUUUCUUUUGUUUGAAGAAGGACACUUCAGUGAUUUCGUUUUUAUUUUAUUUUAUUCUAUUUUAUUUUCAGUAUUAUUGC